AUGGCUUCCACUUUGCCCCGAGAACGGCGUCGCCAGCGCAAGACCUCCCAGAAGGAGCGAGUCUGUCCGGUGUGCUCGCAAGCCUUCAAAAAGGCAGAACAUCUAGCCCGCCACUUUAGAUCCCACACGAAAGAGCGGCCGUUCAUGUGCCCGGUCUGUGACAAGCUCUAUGUCAGACGGGACACUCUCUUACGGCAUACGCGGUCGCAACACCUCGAGAGCGAGUUGCAUGAACAGCCACACAAUGAAGUGACAAGCGACCUAGCUCCAGAUCCGGUCGCUCUGAAGCAACCGAUCGGGGCGUCAACCGACUUGACUAGCACAUGUCCGCCGAUUCUGAGCGAUCUACCCGACCUCGAAUACCCAUCACUCACCCACGAUGCUAACUCGGCCACCAUCUCCUUGUCAACACAUUCCCUCGAUUACGCCUCUUCCACCGCGCAAAAUAUUUGCGACUAUGAAGAUGAACUGGGAGCUGGAUUCGUUGCGGCUGAGGUGACCGGCAUCAGAGAAUGGCCAAUCUUCUGGAGUGACCAGUGGGAUGAAGUCUGGACGUCGUUGUUGACUGCAGAUGAUUUCGAUCUGGAUGCGGUAAACCAGACCUUGUUGGCGUCAACGGACCAGAGGCCACAGGAUCUUGCACUGCAACCUGCAUUCGUUUCUUCCGCUCCCGAAUCGCUCUCCGAACCUACAACGAGUCUCACAACGGUACAAAGAAGAUGGCACACCUUUUCUGAGACAAAGGUCCCGUCACAACGGGCCUCACCUGAGCCCCUGGGUUCCGGUGCUGCUGGUCAGAUACGCACCCAUGCCGAUGAUCAUUAUCGUCAAAACUUGAUGGAAAGCCUACAGCCUCGCGUGCAAGCUGGAAUCUUGCCUUCUACCAACUUUCUGGUAUGGCACAACUGGUCAAUCUUCUCUGCCUACCCCGCUAAGAAAACCGCAGGACUUUUGUCUUCGAGCUUACUUUAG